AUGGCGGAGAGCCCGGCGACGGCGCUGCGGAGGUACCAGACGGACCUCCGCAAGCUCGUCCGCGGCGGGUUCAACCGCUACGCGGACGCCAAGAAGUGCUGGGUGGUGUGGACGGACGACGCCAGGAACGCGCUCACCGACGCCGCCAACGGCGCCAUCGUCGGCGACGUCGGCGCGUCCAAUCCCCUGCCCGAACGACUCUCCUCCAUCCCGGGCCUGGAGCGGGCGCUGCGGGCGCGCAGACGGGAGAGCUCGGCCGGGCAGCUGAGGGAGCUCAAGGCGGUGCACGCGGCGGGAUGCGCGGCGGUGUUCGACGCCAUCGGGCAGUGCGAACGAGUCGUGGAGGAGGCGAGGACGCGGGUCGAGGCGUGGUCCAAUCAAUCUGAGGGUGCCGGCGACGACCGCGACCGACGCGAGGGGCAUCCCCUGUUCGGAUCGCUCCGCGCGGGGGACAUGAUCGAUCUGCUCUCCGCCGCGAUCGGCAUGAUACGUCGCGACUGCGAGGCCAAGGCGGCGCUGCUGGAGGAGACGAUACGGGCGCUGGAGGAGAGCGACCCGGCGUUAGCGGCGCUGAGGGCGAAGGUUGCGACGAGUCGCGACGACGGUAACGAUGACGGGUCCGACGGGGAGGAGAGGCUGGCGCUGAGCCGCGAGGCGCUCACGACGAUCGUGGCGACGUGGAUCCUGUCACCGUACGUGAACAAGGAGGUGCUCGCGGAGAUCGAUGCGGUCGCGGCGCUCGAGAUGAGGGAUUGA